AAAAUUAGAUACAAUUUACAAAUAACACAAUUAAGUAAUGGCUUAAAUCACUCUUUAUAUUAUAGUCAAAAUAAUUGCAAAUUUAUCUGUUUACAAAAAAUGUAUUUAGGUCGUGUUAAUCUCAAAAUUUGAUUGGCUGUGAGAGGGUGCCUACCCUAAUCGAAUCUCGCGUCCAUUGAAUAAAAAAGGGGUGCCAACUUGUGCUUUUGACGUGUCGUUGGUAAUCCACUGCUUUGCAAUUUUUCUAUAAUAAAAUAAUUCCCUUUUAAUGAUGUCGAGUGUACCAGUUUGGCCCCGUUCGCCCCCAUCUCAGUCGUCAUGACUCUCGUCCCCGCACACCCUUGAAGCGUCGAAAGUGGGGUAGUCGUAGCGCGUCCGGCCGCAUUUAGUAAACAUGGCGCGGUGUUUGCGUCUUGUUUGGGGUGACCGCCUUGGAUGGUAAACGCCGUUCACGCAGGUCAGUAGUGCGUUUUCGGGUGGAGAAGCUGGCGAGUCAUGUGUCCGCAUUGAGGAGUUCGCAGAGCCGCGCGGUAUGGAUUGGUGUGGGGCGAAGCCUCGCUUCUAGUGGCGGAGUGACAUGCAGUCUGAGCCGGGCCGAUACAUCAAUUCAGUAUCUGAUCUGCUUUACAGCACCGACGAAAUUGAAUUUCUGCUCGACGACAUCAGAGACCUGGAGCCGACAAGUUGCAAGCCUGAAGACAUUCAGAGCACCGCCGAUUUCUACGUGAAUGUGAUUGGUUUGCAGGAGCCGGAUGGUAUGAGUUGUGUGUUGCAGGACUUUGAGAUAGCGGGCAGCAGGACGGGGGCCCUGAGCGCGGAUUGUGCUGGAGGUUGCGAGUGCGAAUCACCUCUGGGCACCGUUAACUCAUGGGACUCGCACUCUCACUACCGCCGACGGGUCGCCUCGCCCGAUCUGUCCCUAUACUCGGGGGUUAUCGUCUACUGCGACCACACUCAUCUCAAGACGCCCACGGGAAUAGUCCGCAUACUUCUACUGGUGACCACAAUCGCCUGUCUUACAUGCCUCUGUACGUCAGGAACAGUAAAAGUAGGCCUAUUUAUGCUUCCGCUGGUCGGACGAUUGCGGCUGAUGAUGUUCGUAACAUUACUGAGUAUUUUCAUCACCUGUCUUCUCCUCUUUCUUGAUAUUUCUCAUAUCGUUUAUUUGUUCCCAUUUAAUUGGGGCAAAGUGAACGCUUAUUUGUACGUCAGCCUUAGUGUUCUAUUUCUCGUAGCAUCGUCGUUAAUUUUCCACACGAUAUUCUUAUCAGAGGCCUUUUACUGGGUCCCGAGGUGGACGCACCAUCAAUUGCUGAUUACGGGGUGUCUGGGGUACCUGUGCUGCUUUCAGUCGGCCAUCUUGUCGCUGAUCCAGAAGUGUACCAUAGGACACUAUCAGCCGGUGGCCGAAGACCCCAGCCUAAACCUGCAGGAGCGACAGACCUCGCUGGAAGAGUCGCCCGAGCAUAAGGCGAACCAAACAACGCACAAUUACAAGCCUAUAGUCAGCUACCCCGUGGCGUCGACGUCGCGUCAGGACGCCUCGAACUACCUCGAUGACGUCCAGCCGUGCUCGUCUAAAAGUUCCGACCCGUACAGGGUCGCAUGAUAUUUGACUUAAAACUUUUCUAAAUGCCAUCUGUGUUUAUCGUGCAGUGAAUGUGCAGAUUCGACAAGUGUGGAUAGAUAGUCAAACACCAGUUAAGAAAUAUAUCAUUGUUUCAAUUUGUUUUGAAUUUUUACACGGCAUGUAUAAAAGUGUAUAGACAAAUAAAAAUAUAUUCCAAAUUGUUGCAAUAUUUGCAAAUAGUAUACGGAUCCUGCAGCAAGUUCACUCGUUCAGAAUAGGCAAGAAAAGAAGUUUAUUGUAAAUAGUUUUUUUAGCGUUUUUCAAAUUUAGUGUUUAUAUUCUGUACAGUAUUAACUUCACGAGUUUCAUUUUAGACUAGACAAAAACCUUUUCAUAAUAUAAGAAACAAAGUGUUCAAUUCGUUUUAUUGUGUGUAACUGACCUAGCACAAAGUCCAUGUUUUUGUAUUGUAUGUAACAGAUUUAUGUUUGGUUGUAGCCUCUAACAUGGUGCUGGAAAACAUUGCAAUAAUGUUUUCCCUAACAUGAUUCUAAACGACCCUUAUCGCUCAUCAGAUAUUUAAUAUUUCAAGCCGGAAAUUGCGUUUUAAAUAACGGAAAUCGAUUCGAACCCUCCCGAGACAGCACUUUAAUCAUACAAAUUGUUUUUCUAUCAAUUGAAAUAAUUAGUCGUUUCGAAUCAUUCCAAAAAUUCUAGUCCGUACCCAUAUUUACUUCUACUAAAUGGAAAGUAAAUAUGACUUGAUCCACUUUAAUUUCAGUCAAAACUGCCAAAGUUGGAAACUAGCCAAAAAUAGAGCAAGUUUUUACUUUAGGAGACAAUCAGGGCAACAAAACUGAUUCAUUUUGAGUAAUGUAAAAAUUGUGUUCUCGUGUGUUUUCUACAAAUAAAAAAAAUUAUUAA